AUGCAUCAUCCCCACCCCGCUACGCAGGGCCUUCCACCGCCGCAACCUCACCUCCAACAUCCACGCCCCGGCGUGCUUCAGCAACACCAACAACACCAUCCCAAUUCGCCGCAACAACCGCAACACCCGCCUCAGCAGCCCACGACUCAGGGCCCUUACGCCUCGCCACACCCGCCCCCACCGCAACACCAGUCGCCGUACGUCAGCAACGUACAAAUUCCUCCCGGCCAGAACCCGCAGGAGGUCCCCUACUACGCGACUCACCCGAGUCCGUACAGCACGAACAGCACGUCCGGCAGUUACACGUCUUCAGAGAAUUCAGAACUCUCAAUGGCCACCGCAACCAUGAACAGGCAAUUUCCGCCAAUCUACCACACGCCGCAGUCCAAUUCCCCGGCGUCGAUCCAGUCGCCGCAGCAUGAUCAGCACGGCCGGCCGCUGUACGGCCAGUCGGCCGCGCAGGUGCCGCAGAACAUGUACUAUCCGCCUUACCAGAUGCCGCAGCAGUCACCAUACGCGCCGCAACAACACCAGGCACCUCUUCAGACCAGCAUGCCCCUGAUGUCCCACCAGCAACCGCAGCCCAUGCAGCACCCUCCGGCGCACCCGCACACCCCCGGACUGCCCGGCAGCCCGAGAACGAAGCUCAACCAGACGCCGCUGCAAAGACCACCCUCGAAUCUGGGUGCGCCGCAGCAAACUCCGACUGGCCCUCCCGGCAGCGCUGGCAGCAUCCACUCGACCCCGGGUGGCGGCAGCACGAGCGUAAACCCCAACGCGGCCCCCGGCCCGAUUCCCGCCACAACCCCGCUGGUCGUCCGGCAAGAUCAAAAUGGCGUGCAGUGGAUUGCCUUCGAAUAUUCGCGAGACCGCGUGAAGAUGGAGUAUACCAUUCGUUGCGACGUCGAGUCGGUGAACGUCGACGAGCUUCCCCAAGAAUUCAAGACGGAGAACUGCGUUUACCCGCGUGCGUGCUGCCACAAGGAUCAGUACAAGGGAAACCGCCUACAUUACGAGACAGAGUGCAACACAGUAGGCUGGGCGCUUGCUCAGCUUAACCCAUGCUUGCGCGGAAAGCGUGGUUUGAUCCAGCGUGCGGUUGACAGCUGGAGAAACAGCAACCAAGACCCGCGUCUGCGGAGUAGGAGAGUGAGGCGGAUGGCCAAGAUCAACAACAGGAAAGCUGUACAGGCGCAGCAUGGAGGCCACAUGGCAGGGCCCGGCGCCCCGGCCCCUGGGGUCCCUAACACUGCUGGCAUUGCUGGGGCUCCAGGUGCCAGGCCACCGAAUAUGGGAAUGGGCGGUCCGCAGUUGCACCACCACCAUGAACACCCGGCAGGUGGUGCUCAGGGCGGACCUGAUGACGUUAGCGCCGGAAAUGAGUACAAUGAGACCGCCCACACGCACCACCACCAGGCUCCCAGCGGCCAGGCAAGUGCAGCAAAUGGCGACGUCAGGCCAGCCAAUAAUUUCUAUCCUAACUAUCCUGCGAACCAGCCCACCAACGCUGCCGCUGUACCACCGCUGGAGCAUCACAUGGACCACGUCUCUUCCCGCCCUCCGCAGCAGCAUGCAGCCGCAGCUACGACCAAGCAGCAGGAGGACGAGGAACGCAACCUCGAGCUCUUCGGCGAUCUCCCCGAGGCCAAACGACGCAAGUUCAUUCUCGUCGAUGACGCCCAGAGAGGCACCCGCGUGCGCGUCCGCGUCAUGCUCGACCAGGUCAACAUGGAGGAGAUGCCCGAUUCUUACCGCAAGAACAACUCUGUGUAUCCCCGCUCGUAUUUCCCCACCCAGAUGCAGUCACCCCCUGCGUCUCCCCGUGGAACUCGGUUUUUCGACGACCCGGACGAGGAGAAGGAGGGCAGCAACGGCGCUAUGCCUGUGACGGGCAGGACUCUGGUUCCUGUGCCGAUGAUGGACGGGUCGGAGGCCAAGGUCCCGCGCCCGCGGAUGACCAGAUCGAAGAGGAACAAGGAAGUCACUCUCAACGACCUCGGCUACCGCAUGACUUGGAGCCAGAGCAGGGUUUUCGCGGGGAGGACGCUUUUCCUGCAAAGAUCUCUCGAUGCCUACCGCAACAAGAUGCGGAGCACCAUGGUUGCAGCAGGCCAAGAAGUCGCGCCGCAUUUCGAGACGCGCGUGGGCAAGAGGCGGUGGCUGGAGCGGAGCAAGCGUGCGAAGCGCGACGCCUCGCCUUAA